AUGGUGGACGACAGGUGCAGAGCCCCAGGGCAGCCUUUACAAGCAGCAUGUGCGAUGGAAUAUAUGAGCUGUCUUAGAUACCUGAAGCCAAGUGUUUACAAGGAUGGAGACCUGAUACUGGGUGGAUUUUUCCCUUUUUAUAUCUCAGAAAUACAAUCUGUACAUAAAGGAAGUUUUCUAAUAAGGCCAAUUCAAGAAGUGGUAAAUAAUUGGUUCACGUGGAAGAACUACCAAUAUGUAUUGGCCUUUUACUUUGCCAUUGAGGAGAUCAAUAAAAGUCCCCAUUUGCUACCCAACAUUACCUUGGGUUAUGUAUUCUAUGAUGCAUUUCCCAGUGACAGAAGAACUUUAGAAAAUGCUCUGUUUUUGCUCUCUGGAGGGAAUCAUUUGCUGCCAAACUACAAUUGCCAGACAUAUAAACAACCUGUUGCUAUCAUUGCAGGAAAUAUGCCAACAUUUUCAGCCCAAGUUGGAACUCUUUUGGAGCUCUACAAAAGUCCACAGGUUAUUUCUUUUCUUAUUCAGGUCACAUAUGGUCUUUUUGAUCCCAUCCUAAGUGAUAAAGACCAAUUUCCAUCAGUUUAUCAGAUGGCCACAAAGGACAGCUCUCUGACUCAUGGAAUCAUCUGCUUGUUGCUGCAUUUUGGCUGGACAUGGGUAGCACUCUAUGUAUCUGAUGAUAUGCAAGGGGAGCAGUUCCUCCAGGAUGUAAAGGCAAAAAUGAUAGAAAAGGGUAUCUGUGUGGCCUUUACAGAAAAGCUCCCUCCCACAAAAGGUGUCUUUUUUCCACGUGACUUAAUUCUUAGGACGAGGAUCAGAGUUUCAUCUGCAAAUAUUCCAUACUUUUUCCAUGGAAGCCUGUUAUUUUCAAACCAAAAAAGAAAAAUUCCUGGCUUUAAACAAUUUCUCAGGACAGUGAACCCUUCCCAAUAUCCAGAAGAUUUUUACUUCAGUAAACUCUGGGCCCACUUUUUUCUAUGCGCACUUGCUGGAUCACUAUGUGGCAAAAUUGGAGACUGCCCACCAAAUUCUUCCCUAGAGUUUCUGCAGUCAUAUUUGGACAUAAUGACCGUGUCUGACUCCAGCUAUUUUAUCUAUCAUGCUGUGCAUGUGGUGGCUCAAGUUCUUUAUAAGAUUCUUUUGCAGAAAAUAGAAAUGAGAUCUCCAGGAGAUACAGACCAGCUUAUUCUUCCCUGGCAGCUUCAUCCAUUUCUAAGGAAAAGCCAACUGACAAAUAGCAUUGAAUACAACAUGAUCCUUGAUGAAAACAGAAAUAUGAUACAGUAUGAUAUCCACAACCUUGUGAGAUUUUCUAAUAACAGCUGGCUGUUAGUUAAAGUAGGAGAUUUUGUCUACAGGAACACCCAUGAUCACGACUUGGUCAUCCAUGAAGAGGUGGUAAACUGGCCUGUUAAAUUCAAAGAGACUCCUAAAUCUGUGUGUAGUCAAAGCUGUGUCCCUGGAUUCCAGAAAAUUCCCCAAGAAGGAAGACCUGUUUGCUGCUUUAUUUGUGUUUCUUGCCCGGAGUCAGAUAUUUCAAACCAAACAGAUGCAAAGCAGUGUACCCAGUGCCCAGCUCAAGAGUACUCAAACAUUGAGAGAACUCACUGUCUCCCAAAACGUGUGACAUUCCUGGCUUUUGAGGAUGCUUUGGGGACAACCAUCUCAUGCAUGGCUCUGUGCUUCUUUGUCCUCACAGCUGUAGUCCUGGGAGUCUUUGUGAAGCACAGAGACACUCCCAUUGUCAAGGCCAACAACCAGGCUCUCAGUUUUAUUCUACUCAUCUCUCUCCUGCCCUGCUUCCUCUGCUCCUUGCUCUUCAUUGGCCAUCCUAACACAGCCACCUGUGUCUUCCAACAACUCACAUUUGGCCUUGUGUUCACUGUGGCUGUUUCCACCAUUCUGGCCAAAACAAUUACUGUAAUUCUGGCAUUCAAGGCCAGGAAACCUGGGAGAACAAUGAGGUGCUUGCUGGUCUCCAGGGUUUCCAACUCUAUCAUUUCCAUUUGCUCCCUGAUCCAAAUGAUUAUCUGUGGAAUCUGGCUGGGAACAUCUCCCCCUUUUGUUGAUAUAGACUCACAUUCGGAGUCCAGAAAUAUCAUCAUUGUGUGCAACAAGGGCUCAGUCACUGCCUUCUACUGUGUCCUGGGCUACCUGGGCUUCUUGGCUCUGGGGAGUUUCACUGUGGCUUUCCUGGCCAGGAACCUGCCUGAUGCAUUCAAUGAAGCCAAGUUCCUCACAUUCAGCAUGCUGGUGUUCUGCAGUGUCUGGGUCACAUUUGUCCCUGUCUAUCACAGCACCAAGGGGAAGUUCAUGGUGGCUGUGGAGGUCUUCUCCAUUUUGGCCUCCAGUGCAGGGCUCUUAGGCUGCAUCUUUGCCCCCAAAUGCUACAUUAUUCUGUUAAGACCUGAUAAGAACUCUUGGAAAGUUUUAAAAAACAGAAGGGGUUUCAAAUAA